GUGAUGGUCGUGAUGUAAUCAUAUAAAUAAACAAUAAUGGCCGGUAGAUCAAUUAUAGUCGGAGGUGGAAGUGGAUUUAUUGGUCGCGCUUUAUGUAAGAGGCUUAAGCAACAAGGCUAUGAGGUCAUACUUUUGUCAAGAACUCCUGGAUAUUCAAAAAUUACCUGGAGUGAUUUGAAAAGGAGUGGUAAACUUCCAGAAUGCUUUGCUGUCAUUAAUCUUGCUGGAGAAAAUAUUGCUAAUCCAUUACGAAGGUGGAAUGAAAGUUUUAAGACUGAUUUGUUUGAAAGUCGAAUUGGUACAAAUAAGAUAUUAACUGAUUUGAUAAAGAAAGCAGCAAAACCUCCAGAAGUAUGGAUUUCUUCCUCGGCAAUUGGUUACUAUCCUCCAAGUGAAACACUCGAAUAUACAGAAAAUGAGCCAUCUAAACCAGAGCACAGUUAUAUUACAAAACUUUGUUGUGAUUGGGAAGAGUCGGCCAUUUUACCUUCUGAUCAUCCAUCACGUCAUGUCAUGUUAAGAAUAGGAUUAGUUCUUGGACGUGAUGGCGGCACAAUAAAAUCUAUGAUGUGGCCAUUUUGGCUUGGAGUGGGAGGUAUUGUUGGAAAUGGAAAACAGUUCAUGUCAUGGAUUCAUAUCUCAGAUAUGACAGGUAUUAUCCUUCAUGCGUUGGAGAAUCACAAUGUUCACGGAGUCUUAAAUGCAACAGCUCCAAAUCCUGUCACUAAUUCUGAAUUCACAUCUGCAUUUGCACGUUCAAUCUGGCGGCCGGCAUUCUUUCCUUUGCCUGCCUUUGUCGUCAACACAGUCUUUGGUGAGGAGAGGGGCAAAAUGUUACUAGAAGGACAGAAAGUUCUUCCAAGCAGAACUAUUGAAUCUGGUUAUAAUUUUCUCUAUUCAGAUAUCAAAUCUUGCUUACAAAAUAUUGUCAAAUAAGUUAAGAUGGAUUCUUUUAAAGAAUGAAGCAUAAAUGUGUCCAGACCAAAA